CUUCGGGCCACCUCGCGGCCACUGCAAGCCAGCUCCGCUGCGAACAGACACCGAUUAGCGGUUGGUAAUACGGCCAAGCGACCCCCUAAAACCAGCCACCGUUCUGGCCCAAUGACAGCCAGCAGCACCGGCGGAGCAAGCGGCAACGGAAACGGUAGCAGUGGCUCCGCAAGCGGCUGUGUAGCUCCAAACGCCCUAUCCACGGCUAAGGGAGGAGGUACCAUGACGACAGUGACAGCGACGACGGUCAAGGCAACGGUUAGCCACGGCCAAAGUCAUGGGCGAAACGACAGAGGGGGUCGCAGCGCCGCACCUGGGGGCUCCAACGUAGACGGAUUUGUCGGGGGGAUCGAGAUGUAUUUAGGCCUCAUUGGAUGGCGAAAAAAGUGCUUGUACACUCUGCUGUUGCUGCUAAUGCUGCUUAUUAUCACCAACCUCGUGCUUACCCUCUGGAUUCUCAAAGUGAUGGAGUUCUCAACGGAGGGCAUGGGUCAGCUUAAAAUCGUACCCGGUGGCAUACAGCUGUCGGGACAAGCAAUAAUUAUGGACAUGCUGCGCGCAUCGACAAUCCGUUCGCGUCACGGUCAACCCAUCUCAAUAGAAUCAUCACGUAAUUUUUCAAUCAAUACACGUGACCCGAAUGGUAUGAUUGAGAAUCAUUUAUUUCUGGGACACGAUAAGUUCGAGUGCCUGUCUGCGGGAUUUCGCAUAAACGACACCAACGGUCGCAGCCUUUUUUCCGUAAACCGAAAUGAAGUCACAAUCGGAGCGCACGCCCUGCGGAUCGACGGCGAAGGUGGUGCCGUAUUUCGGGAGUCUGUGCAGACGCCGCAUGUGCGCGCCGAGCCAGGUCGGGAGUUGAGACUCGAAUCUCCCACCCGCCAAUUGGAGAUGACGGCGGCCAAGGACAUCAACUUGCAAUCCCGGGCAGGAGGAAUAGAAGUUGUGGCCCUGGAAGACGUCAAGUUCCGAGCCCUCGAUGGGAGCCUGCGUUUGGAAUCCUCGAAGAUACUUAUGCCCAACCUGCGAACGGCCCAGCCUCCCAUCCUGGGUACCGCCCAGAGUCGAGACCAUAUGCACCGAGUCUUCCAACUCUGCGCGUGCUCGAACGGCAAGCUUUUUUUGGCAGCGUCGCAUUCGAUAUGUGCGGGCGAUGACUCUACCGUCUGCAGGUGAUUACAAGACAGCACGCGCUGGCAGUCCACGUCCACGUUCAAUAGCGAUGCCCGAAAUGAAGGCGGUUUGGAUACAGAGUAAGGAGCUAGGCUACCGGACAACCCAUUAUACGAGUAUGCGGUUCAAGGCAAUGAAAAGGACAGAUCGCUCACUGCUCAUUACCAUAACUUUAGCUGUAUGCACAGAAAUCAUCACAUUCAUGUUAAAUUAUUCAUAUGUAACUAUAACAUAGAGUGGUAUACCUAGUAGAAAAAACUUAAACAAAUAUGAUUAAUCAUGCAUACGCGUAUUAUCUGCAUCCAUAAUCGUUUAUACCGAAACUUAAAGAACAAAAUCAAGAGCUUCUUAGACAUUUGGAUGUUGUGUAUACUAGUACAGCUGGCAAUUCAGAGGCAUAGGCAUGUCCUAUAUAGAUACAUACUAUAUCAACAAAGUAAAUACUAACGAAGUACAGAAAAUAAUAAAUUUAUAAUCAAGCAUAGGAUACCACCAAAGUCCAGUCUCGUAAUAAAUAUAUCAACAUUGUCGUUAUUGCGACGUAAAGUCCUUUAAAAUAAAAUGGUAUAGACUCCCAGGUUAAAUGUAUUUUCCCCUGUGAAUGUGUGCCUACCCAAUUCGGAUCGGUUUUAAAGGAUCGGUUAUGAAUAAAAAUUGUUUUUCAUUUUAGAAAUCGCUAAAAAUUUUUGCCAAACACAAGUCGUCACAUAAAUCAGUUAAAAUAUUUCCGAUAUGUACAGUUGUAUACCCUUGCGGAGGUUAUUAUUAUUUUCGUCAAAAGUUUGCAGCGCAGUAGUCACUUUUCAUUUUCCAUAUUUUACUUUUUUCAUAAUUCAUAUUCUUAAUCAGACUAGGCUGACUUUCUGCUUUCAUACCUAUUGCUAGCUCUGCUUAAAAGCUAACGGCUUAAAACUUUUGCAAUUACAUUUUACGAAGAUCUAGUUUAAAAACUCAGCUUUUUGUCUAACGUUUUGUUUUUUAUUCCAUUUCCGGACCUAUACCUUUUGGACGAAAAUCGAAUGACUAAUUCUUAAAGCUGUCAUAUAUGUGUCAUACUGGCCGUAUGGUUCUAUGCAUUCGACUAGCGUAAUGUUAAAGGUUUUUAACACGAAAUAUAUCAAAUUGUUUUAUUAUGUCUACACCGAUUUUGUUAAAAAGCCUUUGUCAUCAGGCGAAUAUAUCCUAUAGAUGCAAGAGGAAACGAUCGUGUAAAAAUUUUAUUGAAAUAUGUUUUUUUAUGUAUUUUAUGAUGGUUGCACAUUAAUUCGAAUCCACCUCUUGAGUUGACUAUAUCAUAUAUCUGUGUUAUGUAUAUUCGCACAGUUAUUAUUUUUAAUAAUUCUCCUUUUUUAUCAAAUCAAAAACUUUAACCAUCGAGGAUUAUGAUUGAUUAACAAAAACGCAGAACCAUUUACACAAAAGCAGUCCUAAGAUAUUGUACAUAAGACUGUCUUCUUCGUAUAACUCUGUACUGCAUCAUACUGAAAUACAAAUUGAGUCGGCCGAAAACCUAACUGUAUUCAUGUAGAUAAUCUUGCAACGACUAUUAUUAUUUAUAAAAUGUUUGUAUGAUAAUUAUGAUCAGAUGCAUCAUGCUGGCAUUAGGCACAAUACGAAGACAAUGAAAUAUCAUCCAAUGAAUCACAAGAGCUAUUUAUACCUAAACGUAUACAUAUGUAAUAUUACAGGUACACAUAUGAAAACAAGUACCAAUACCAG